ACUCCGUAGCGUAGUAGUGGAACCGACGCUCUUCGUCAGUAUAUAUAUAUUCUAAUAUCGUUCUACGCACGAUACGCGGUUCGCCCAUUCGUUUUCCGUCUCUCGUCUGCAGUACUCGCCUAUACGUACCUGCCUGCAACACCGUACACGACAGCAGUGUUGUAAAUAGUAUCUAGAACGUCUAUAUAUAAAUACUGUAGAUUUUUACCGUCGUCGAUCGAUUUCGUUUAACUUCUCCGGUUGCGAUCAUGGAAGCUUUUAUGAACAAAAAAUAUAAGCUGAGCUCUAGCGAAAAAUUCGACGAGUACAUGAAAGCUUUGGGUGUUGGAAUGAUGACCCGUAAAUUAGGUAAUACCGUAUCUCCGGUGGUGGAGCUGACCAAAAGCGAUGAUGGCAAAUUUGUGCUAUCGUCAAACUCAACGUUCAAAAACUCAUCGAUCGCGUUCAAACUCAACGAGGAAUUCGAUGAGGAGACACCCGAUGGCCGCAAAGUGAAGUCGACUAUCAUUCAAGAUGGAAACAAGCUAGUACACACUCAAAAAUGCGACAAACAUAGCGACACCACGAUCGUCAGGGAAUUCGAACCAGAUCAGUUGAAAAUGGUCUUGACUGUCGAUGACAUCACUUGUACCAGGGUCUACAAACCAGUCCAAUAAAUAUAAUGUAUUACAAUAUGUAUAAUAUUAAUUGUACCAUUUAAUUACUAUAAAAUUCAGAUCUUUUACAACUUAUUCGAAAUUUGACCUACUAUAUUUAUUAAUUAUAAUGUUAUACAUGUGAUUACUGAUUAAUGACAUAAUUACACGAACUAUAUUUAUUUAAUUUUAA